GUCGGCAGCUGGCGCCAGGGCGGCCGGAGGAUGCCGAGGGGCCGGAGUCGGGCGGGCCGGAGGCCGAGGCGCGCGCUGUCCCCCGCCCCUAUCCCGUGAACCCGCCAGUCUCUGGACGCGCUGUCGCGGGACCCGCGAUUCUAGGGGCUUUUCUCUGGUGUCCCUUACUCUCUACUGCUGAGCCCUCCCCUUCCCGCGCCGCUGCGAGUGGCCGCCCCGCCUUCGCCUGGAUUCCAAGCCGCAGUAGCGGACCAUGGAGGUGGCGCCGGAGCAGCCUCGCUGGAUGGCGCACCCCGCCGUAUUGAAUGCGCAGCACCCCGACUCGCACCACCCGGGCCUGGCGCACAACUACAUGGAGCCAGCCCAGCUGCUGCCUCCUGAUGAGGUGGAUGUCUUCUUCAACCAUCUCGACUCGCAGGGCAAUCCCUACUACGCCAACCCGGCCCACGCGCGCGCGCGCGUUUCCUACAGCCCCGCGCACGCCCGUCUCACCGGAGGCCAGAUGUGCCGGCCACACUUGUUGCACAGCCCAGGCUUGCCUUGGCUGGAUGGAGGCAAAGCUGCCCUCUCAGCCGCCGCUGCCCAUCACCACAGCCCCUGGACCGUCAGCCCGUUUUCCAAGACCCCGCUGCACCCCUCAGCUGCUGGAGCACCCGGAGGGCCUCUGUCUGUGUACCCCGGGGCAGCGGGUGGGAGCGGGGGAGGCAGUGGGAGCUCAGUGGCCUCCCUCACCCCCACUGCAGCCCACUCUGGCUCUCAUCUCUUCGGCUUCCCACCCACACCACCCAAAGAAGUGUCUCCAGACCCCAGCACCACGGGAGCCGCUUCCCCAGCCUCAUCUUCUGCAGGGGGUAGUGUAGCCCGGGGUGAGGACAAGGACGGUGUCAAGUACCAAGUGUCACUGUCUGAGAGCAUGAAGAUGGAAGGCGGCAGUCCCCUGCGUCCAGGCCUAGCUACCAUGGGCACUCAGCCUGCAACACACCACCCAAUCCCUACCUAUCCCUCCUAUGUGCCUGCCUCAGCUCAUGACUAUAGCAGCGGGCUUUUCCAUCCAGGAGGCUUCCUGGGUGGCCCAGCCUCCAGCUUCACCCCUAAGCAGCGAAGCAAGGCGCGCUCCUGCUCAGAAGGCCGGGAGUGCGUCAAUUGUGGGGCCACAGCCACCCCUCUCUGGCGACGGGAUGGCACGGGCCACUACCUGUGCAAUGCGUGCGGGCUCUACCACAAGAUGAAUGGACAGAACCGGCCUCUCAUCAAGCCCAAGCGGAGGCUGUCUGCUGCCAGGAGAGCGGGCACCUGUUGUGCAAAUUGUCAGACAACAACCACCACCUUAUGGCGCCGGAACGCCAACGGGGACCCUGUGUGCAACGCCUGUGGUCUCUACUACAAGCUGCACAAUGUUAACAGGCCACUGACCAUGAAGAAGGAAGGGAUCCAGACCCGGAACCGGAAGAUGUCCAGCAAGUCUAAGAAGAGCAAGAAAGGGGCUGAGUGCUUUGAGGAGCUAUCCAAGUGCAUGCAGGAGAAGUCGUCCCCAUUCAGUGCGGCCGCCCUGGCUGGACACAUGGCACCCGUGGGACACCUCCCACCCUUCAGCCACUCUGGACACAUCCUGCCCACGCCAACACCCAUCCACCCGUCCUCCAGUCUCUCCUUCGGCCACCCCCACCCUUCCAGCAUGGUGACUGCCAUGGGCUAGGCUCAGCUUGCCGCUGGACAUGGACAUAGAGAGUGACUGGCAGAACCAGAGCGAGCCCGGGCACUCCCAGGAUGGGUGGAACACACUUUUGGCUCCUGCCCAUCCCAAGAGACCCACUUCCUCCUGCCAGCCUAGCCUGGCUGAAGCCACCUCUCCUUGGAGGACUCCCAGCCGCGUGCCGCCAUUACUGUGAAUGUUCCUAACUGGCCUACAGCUUGUGUGCCCUGGGUGCUGCCCAGAAAAGUUUUUUCACGGACAGUUGCUUGGAGAGCAAAAGAGACAGUUAUAGCAAGGAAAAGAGGAGACUGGGGACAGAAAAAUGAAACCAUUUUUUGGAGGAGCAAGGAGUAGGCAAAAAAAUAAUAAUAAUAAUUUAUUUUGCUCUUAUUUCUUACAAGAACAUGAAGCCAUGGAGGCACGGGCUGUUUGUGUUCUCUGGGUCCUUCCUUGGGGCCUACUGCCACCAGUCAGGGCUCUGGGGGGCAGAUGCACAGGGCCUCAGCCAGAGCCUUCUCCCCAACUGCCUGGAGGGUAGCCCCUGCCCUGACGCAGCCCUCGAGGGCAGAGACAAUCGCAGGCGGUCCUGCGCAGAUUCCCAGGCCAGGGCUGGGUCACAGGAAGGAAGCAUUCUCUGGAAAGGGGAAACGUCUCCCAGAUCAUUCCCUUGGCUUCGAGAGGCCAAAGCUGGUGUGACCCAAAUGGCCAUGCUCUACGCCAGCCGGACCCCUGUAAAUACAUCCUUUUCUGCUAACCCCUCAACUCCCGCCCACUCUACGAUAAAUAAGAAAACAUUCAAAACAAAACCCAAACUGCAUAAGCUUAACUCGCUGAUGAGUGGUUUUAUUUUUAAACUCGUUUUGGGUCCAGUCACGUGUACGCCGCCACAGAAGCCCCACUAUGAGAAGGAAUAAAACCUGCAAACCAA